CUCAGCCUCCCGGCCCUCUUCGGCCACCGUAGCCCGAUCGCGUUGUUGGGCGGGGCCUCCUCCCCGCGGGGGAGGGAGGAAACAAGAUGGCCGAAGCUUCUCCCCAGGCCGGGCGUUACUUCUGCCACUGCUGCUCGGCCGAGAUCGCGCCGCGGCUGCCGGAUUACAUUUGUCCGAGGUGCGAAUCCGGUUUCAUUGAAGAGCUUCCGGAAGAGCCCAGGAACGUUGAAAAUGGCUCCAGCUCUUCAGCUUCAACCAGCGACCAGAGCAGACAUCCGUUUGAGAAUGUGGAUCAACACUUAUUCACCCUGCCGCAAGGCUACGGCCAGUUUGCCUUCGGGAUAUUCGAUGACUCCUUUGAGUUUCCAGCCUUCGGGUCCAACGCACAGUCAGAAGACAACCGGGAUGCCGAGAACCGGCGAGAGAGGGAGCACCAGUCUCGGCACAGAUACGGCGCCAGGCAGCCCCGGGCUCGUUUUACCACACGGCGCACUUCUGGCCGGCACGAAGGGGUCCCGACUCUAGAAGGAAUUAUCCAGCAGCUGGUCAACGGGAUCAUCGCUCCCACCACAAUACCAAACCUCGGCGUGGGCCCUUGGGGAGUCUUGCAUUCAAAUCCCAUGGACUACGCCUGGGGGGCCAACGGCUUGGACGCCAUUAUUACUCAGCUACUGAAUCAGUUUGAAAACACAGGGCCACCCCCUGCAGCCAAAGAGAAGAUCCAGGCCCUCCCGACUAUUCCUAUAACAGAAGAGCACGUAGGUUCUGGGCUGGAGUGUCCCGUCUGUAAAGAAGAUUACGAAGCUGGCGAGAGCGUGCGGCAGUUGCCCUGCAACCAUUUGUUCCACGAUGGCUGUAUCGUCCCCUGGCUUGAGCAGCACGACACCUGCCCGGUGUGCCGGAAAAGCUUGAGCGGACAAAACACAGCCACAAACCCCCCGGGACUAUCGGCAAUGAGUUUUGCUUCUUCGUCCUCCUCCUCCUCCUCGUCCUCUUCCUCCAGCUCACCAAGUAACGAAAAUUCUGCAAACAACUCAUGAGUCUUUUAAGAAAAAUGAAAAUAAGUUGCCAUCCUCAUUCCCUUCUCUAAUGUCACUGCCCUCCCUCACUUCCACCUGGGGCAAUGCGGGAGAGGGCCCCCCCCUGAACAGAGCAGCGGGGGUGGGAAGAAUGGGAGCCCUGGUAUUUUUUUCCCAUCGUGAUGCGAAGGGCCUCUUGCCCCCGGAUGCUUUGCGAUGUCACCAUCUGGAGCACGGGGCAAGGGAAAGGCCCGUCCCAAAGAAGGACGGGCCUGAAAUUGGCCCAGCUGCUCUACGCUGAAGCCACAGCAAAUUGGCCCAUGGAAAGCACUGAGAGAGAGAGAGGCUGCAGUUCCAAAUGGAAGGUGGUUUCUAGGGACGGAGUUGGGGGUUUUGGAAGUCUCGACCAUUUUCUCCUGUUUCUUCUUUCCUCUGCUUCACUUCCGUUCGUCAAGCUUCGGUGUUUAGCGGUGUCAUCUGCCUGCCCCCCCCCCCCCCCCCGUCCUUCCCCCUCCUGUGCAGGCUUCCCACAGGGUGAGGCUACCGAAGCUUUUAGCAGGUCGAAGCUUUUAGCAGGUCGUCGUUGAAAAGAGGCCUGAGCUUGAAGGAGUCUGCCUCCCCCCCAAGCCUCCUGGCCCUGUUGAGUUUGACCUCUCUUCUCUCCCCCAUCCCUUUUCAUUUAACAUCAUCCUUUGGGCAAUUUGAUACUGAGAAAAGGGUUUUUUUAUAAUUUUAAAUUAUUACUGCUAUUAAAGAAAUGGACGUUUCAGCUCAA